CUCAAAGAUUGCCUGGCAGCAUCCACAGCGGGCGGUGCCUACUACGAUCGCCUGACAGCAGAACAGGAGAAAACAACUGAGACUAUCGGAACGUUGAAGAAGAAUGUCAUAUUCAUCUUGAAGAAAGUGGGUCAAUAUGAUAACCAGGAACAGCCCUUGACAGACAGGCACGUAAAUCUUGACCAUAGCUUCAGUAUGGCUAUCGUAGACCUACAUCAGCUGUUAGAAACUGAUCAAGAAUCGGCUGCGAGUCAUGUGGCUCCUGUGGAUUUUUUUGCAGCGCAUGCUCUACACUUCCUUACAGCAAACCUGACAAGUACAAACUAG